CUAAGUUUGGGCCUGGCCCAAAGCUUAGGCCCACAGAAAAUCCCAUUUUCAAUUUCCCGAUAGAGCGAGCGAGCGAGCGACUGGAAUUGGGGUAUUCACCGUUCAGUAUUUUCACAAUUGAGAGUUUAGUCGUCGAAAAGUCGCCUGAUCGAAGCAUAUCUUAGCGAACUCUAAAGAAACCAUGAUGCGUGCUGGACAUACAUAUAAUCAUGUUUAAUAAUCAAAUCAAAUGUUUUGUUGCCUGUCGGUGUCGGUAUUUGCUGGAUAUGUUUGAGAUCCUGACCUUGCUCGCUGCCAUUGCAUGUAAUUCGAAUUAAUGAAGUUGUUUUAGACGGUGAAUCCCCAAAGUCGAAGGGAUUGAGCAAUUUAUAAGUACCAUGGAAAUUAAGUAGUCGAUUGUUCUAAUUAAAGUAAUGGUAGAUCAGAGGCAGCUUCGAAAGUUGGAAUUUAUCGGAUCAACGUUAGAGAAUAGAUCGGAUCGACGCUUCUUGAUCUCGAUCUCGAUGUCUCGGAUUAGUGCCCUUGUUCUCGCUUUUCUCUGCGCCCUCUCCUUUGCAAAUCUACCGCCAAUCGCCGCCGCGGACAGCGGAGAAGCGCUCUCCGCCUAUGAAGUCCUCCAAUCCUACAACUUCCCGGUCGGGCUCCUGCCGAAGGGCGUCACCGGCUAUGAUCUCGACAAAAGCACCGGCAAAUUCAACGCUUAUUUGAACGGCUCCUGCAGUUUCUCUCUGGAAGGCUCCUACCAACUCAAGUACAGGUCCACCAUUAGCGGGUUCAUUGCCAAGGACAGGCUCACGAGCCUCAAUGGUAUCAGCGUGAAGGUGUUUUUCAUGUGGGUGAACAUCGUCGAGGUCGCCCGCAGAGGGGAAGAGCUCAAUUUCUCCGUCGGCAUUGCUUCGGCAGCUUUUACGAUUGAUAACUUCGCGAUUUGUCCACAGUGUGGGUGCGGAUUGGAUUGCAAUAGCAACGGCAAGGGGCAAGUAAGAGAGAUUGGGACUAAUCUUGUCGUCUCUUCGGUUUAGGUUUAAAUUCACUACUUCUGCGAAAUACGGUAUUUGGAUUCAAUUGGGGGAUUUUGUUUUAAUUUAUGAGUUAAAUAAGCUGGAAUUUUUUAAUCUACUUCGUUAUUGCCUGUUUCGUUUGUCUAAAUUGACAAUAUACGCAUCUUCGUAUGUGUACUCGUAGUUUUCACAUCUGGUGUAUAUAUGUUUAAUUUUUAUUUUUUUUAUUUCUGUUGAUUUAGUUCUUAAGUUCUCAUGACGCUUAUGCCGUCCAGUCCCAAGAACAAUUAAUUGAUGCUACUGUAUUUUAGAUAAACAG